AGCGUCGGUGUCAGUCGACUGUGGUCGAUAAACGACUUAAGUACAAUAGAGAAGUGCUAGAAGUUUCUACGUUUUACUACAAACCACGAAUGUACGAUCUUAUAGCAAACAGUCUAGCAACGUACAGGAAAACUCCACAACUGAUCGUAGCUCCGGUCCAAGCCAUUUGUGAUUCCAACGAUAUGGUUCACCAGCAAGUCAAUAUGACAAUCCAUAACCUUCUUGGGAAUCCAGCGUUUAAAAGUCCGACUGUUGGUGACACUCCACUGUCCUGGGUAGAUUCAAAAGAUGACUUUCUGCCCGAGCUAAUAGACGAUGUCCUUGAACCGGACAAAUGUCGACUCUUGUCACAAAAACUAGAGUCCUGCUUAAAGGAAGCUAAAGAUAAACAAUUGCAAUGUGCUGAAGUCCUCAUUCCAUCGAAUCUCAUAUUUCGCAUUGUGCGGGAUAUAUUACUGAUGUCUGAGAAAGAACCUUGUGGAAUCCGAGGAUGCGCAGUGUACGUGAAUCUUGAAGAAAAGCACCUGUGUCGUCGAAUUGGCAAAGUGAAAUGUGAUCCUGAUACCGUUGCGACCUUUGAAGUCGUAUUAACUCUUAAACAGGACUGUAGUAGUUGGCUAAGUCUGCGGCAUCUUAUACCAGCUAGACUACUUAAGAGUAUAGGCCGAAACUCGCCGCUUGUUUUAAGCGAAAAUUACAUGCUGAAUAAGAAGAAACUAUACCGCUCGUCAAGUUUACAUUGUUGAUAUUUUUAUAAACGCACAAUUACAAAAAAUGUGUAUGAAUGUAUGCUUGUAUCUGUGUAUGAAUGAUUCUACUGUAUAAAAGGUGAGGGAUAAUAUAAACUGUUACGCAACAGCCGCUGGUCCGGGUUUUCUUGUAUGAAAUUUGGACCUAACCUUGGAGUAUAUUCGUCUCUUUUUUUGUAUAUAUAAGCAUUUGACAUUAUAGUAUUUUACGUGUUCUUUGCUCAAGACUGUGAUCAGCACUUCUGUAAAACAGCAAUUUAUGUUUUUGUGUUUACUUGUUUAUGGAUUACGUAACAAAAAGUGAGAUUGACAAAAAAGAGAAAAAACGUCAAUAUAUAAAGAUCUUAAACAUCCAUAUAUUUCAUUGUUUCUGCUAGUCAACAAAUCAUCGCAUUUCUACACCGAACUGUCUAAAAUGAGCUUAAUUUAAAAUUAAAACGACAAAAGAAUCUGUACUAUAAAAUAAUUCAGUUUGUAUUAUAUUCUAGUCUUUUUGUCAAUUAUCGAAGUCGAUGUGUAAUAUGCACUGAACAACAGUAUCAUUAUCUUCCGCCAGAAGAUAGCUUUCGUCACUGUAAACAAAAAAAUUGUACCAAGUGAGACUAAUGGCCCUUCUUUUGUGCAGCAUUGUUUUCUCCAGUAUUUUACAACAUUUAAAACAAAAUAAACUAUUCUUGACUUAGAA